AUGGGAAACUCUGUAAAUUCUGGUCAACUGCAGUCCACCCAAUUUGCCCUCGACCUUCUGCAACUGCUACACAAGGAUGGAAACAAUCUGGUGCUGUCGCCCUACUCGCUCGUAUCUGCGCUGGUGAUGCUCCUUCCCGGGACUGAUGGAGAGAGCAGAGCCCAAAUUGUCAAGUCCUUGUUUGAUGCAGAUGACAGCAAAGGUGAGAAUGCUGACAAAUAUGUAAAGUUGCUUGCGGCCAACAACAAGGAUAAUCUGCUGAAAAACAAAGAAACGUUUAAGGUCGCCAAUUUGCUGUAUUUGCACAAAAAUUUUACAAUUAAACCCGAGUUUGUGUCACUUCUCACUAAGCUGAACGCCACUGGAAAAGAAUUAGAUUUUUCUGGUCAAAAAGCUAAAAUACUUGACACCAUCAACACUGACGUGUCCAAAGCCACUAAUGGACUGAUUGAUAAUCUUCUGGAGCAAAUCAGCAAUGAGACUGUUUUGAUUCUAGUUAAUGCCAUUUACUUCAAAGGAUUAUGGAAAAAAUCAUUUUGCAAAGAUGAUACAAUCGAAAAAGGAGAAUUUCAUACUUUUUCAGGAGUUGUCAUCAAAACACCGUUGAUGUUCAUGCGAAAGAGAUUGCCUUACUUUUUUGACAAUGAAACUGGCACCAAAGCUGUACAGUUGAACUACCAAAAGGAAGGCAACAUUGCUAUGGUGCUGAUUUUGCCCGAAAUAGGUGUACCAGUGAGCAGAUUCCUCAAAGGAGAACUCACCUCAGGCAAACUGCACCACAUUCUAGACCAUCUUGUUGUGCGGCUGAAAGUAAACCUAAUCUUGCCUCGAUUCAAACUAUCCUCAACCCAUCGACUGAAUGGGCCACUUCGCAAACUGGGCGUCAAUGAUGUCUUUGAUCCUUCAAGAGCAAACCUAAGUCAUAUUUCAUCUUCCGGUCCCCUGGUCGUAUCCAAAGUCAUACAAAAAGCAGUCAUUGCCGUCGAUGAAGAGGGAACGGAAGCGGUUGCUGCCACUGGUGGAA